CAACCCCAUGAGGAGAUGUGUAUAGAUUACGAGAAGUUCCAGACAACAUGUAUAAUGCCGACCACACCGCAUAUCCUUAUUGUACCUUCAGAAUUCAAACAAUUUAUCAAGGAAAUGACGGGUUGUUGUUGUAUCAAUCCAGGACGUCUCACUAAAGGUUUGACUGGGUCUACAUUUGCGAAAAUUGCUGUACAAGUGAAUGAACUAAAAAAUAACCAGUCUUUGGUCAAGAAUAUAACAGCACAAGUAGUUAGGAUAUGAAUUUUACUGAACCAAUUGAUUAUGUUUAAAGAAAAUGAAAUUACACUGAUGCAUUAAUGCAAACAUACAUUUAGCUAGAGCAGAACGGAUAUUUUAUCAACAGUUUUAUAUGGAAGUGAAGAA